AUGUAUACGAGACUUCUACCAAGCCCACAUCCACAUAUUGCACGAUGUAUUGGUAAUAUUGGUCUUGUUCAUGAAGCAAAUCGUAAUCUUGAUCGUGCUUUAGAAUAUUUUUUUCAAGAAUUCGAAAUGGAAGAGCAAUGUCUGCCACCUGAUCAUCCCAAUCUCUCGAUGCAUCUUGAUUGGAUUAUAACUAUGUAUAGAGAAAAAGGAGAAUGGGAAAGAAUUCUACGAUUUUUUCGGGUAAAAAUGAACAAAACCAAGCAUAAAUUUGUGUUUCAUGAGCGUCAUCUGGCUUCUACAUUACAAGCGAUGAAAAAUUUUUCGCCUGAUGCCACAAAAAUAUACACAAAGCAUUAUGAACUAUCGAUGGUAAAUUCUUUAACACAUACACUCGAAAUUGUAUCAGCAAAAGAGAAAACUGAUGCAUUGACUGCAAAUCGAUGUAUCAGAAGACUUAGUGUCUGCAGUGUUGAUGACCAGAAAUUAGAGAAAAACCUAACAUACUGGAUUCAUGCAUUGAAUAUCGAACGGCGAGUCUAUUCAUCUGACCAUCCGGAAAUAGUCCGAUCAUUACGAUGGGUCGGAGAAAGUCAUAUCGAGACUAUACGAGAUUACUCUGAAGCGUUACGAAUGUAUUCUGAACGUUUACGAAGUUUUGCCAGAAGAUCGACCAAUUUCAAAGAUAUAAAGUGUGGAAAAUAUUCUGACUUUGAUAUGAAUGAUUUCGAAAGAAAAUUUGUCAAAACAACUAUUUAAAUCGGAUUUAUUUAAAAAAUAUCAAUUAAUGUUCGAAGGAUGUGAGUACGACGUACUGACGAAAAGAUAAAUACACCACACAUCAUACCCACUCUCAACUCAGUUUUUUUUUUAAGGCGCAAAAUAAAAUAAACGAUUGAAACCAAUCCGUAUCUUCAGAAAUCAUAAAAAUCCUCUUACUUAUCUUGAAUUUCAUAACAGAACCAAGAUAUUCAUUGUUUGCAAUCAAAGAAAACAAGACAAAAAAAUUUAACAAAAUUAUAAAAGCCGUUAGCCAUUGUAUAACUUUCAUGAUCAUGUAAUUUAGUUUACUGUGUACAGAAUUAUGUUAAUUCUAAUUAUUUAUAAGGAAAAGUUAUUAGCAUAGUUCUCAUACAAUUGAAAUGUGACAUGAUACAGUUACCAUUUACACCAGCGAGCAGUAAAUUGCCAAGUUGUGCGUCUCAAUCUGCUAAACUAAAUGUUUAACUCUAAACUUUAGAGUUGCUUUUAGGCGGUCUUUCUCGAACAAUUUGGGAUUUUUAGAAGUUCUAAUAGUUUACACAAACCAUUAACGGCUUCUGUCGAUACUCGAUGGUCGACCUGAAUAACAAAAAAUGAUAUAUUUACGAUUAAUCA